AGACAACCAAGCAUAUGCGCUAGAUCGUUGGAAAGUUCUUUUGACUAAAUGAGCGGUCGAGAUGGAUUAAUCAUCUAUCUCAAAUGUUCCCGGAGCAUCUAAUCAUUCCCGCUUUAUCCACAACCUUAUUCAGAGAUUACGUCCUCUCUCUCUCAUAUUUUCGCUUUCCAUAAUCCUUCUGCGAAAGCGGAUAAAGAAAAUUUUUCACUCGAUCGAUCCAGACAAAACCCUAAUCUCUCCAAACUCUACCUAUCGCAUCGAACCCUAAUCCUAUCUUCUCUCGGAUCAUGUGAUCAUCUGUUCCGUGGAUUCCUACCUCGGCCAAGCUCGCCGUGCUCGAUCCGACCCCGUCGAUCUCGAGAUGACUCGACGGUGCUCGCAUUGCAGUCACAAUGGACACAACUCCAGGACUUGUCCCAAUCGGGGGGUCAAGCUUUUCGGGGUUCGAUUGACGGACGGAUCGAUUCGGAAGAGCGCCAGUAUGGGUAACUUGACCCAUUACACCGGAUCCAAUUCUGGUGCCCUUCAGAACGGCGCCUCAGGGAACACCCCUGGUUCGCCCGGCGAGACUCCGGAGCACGGUGCGGCCGCUGACGGAUAUGCCUCCGAGGAUUUCGUGCCGGGAUCAACGUCAAGCUGCCGUGAAAGAAAGAAAGGCACUCCGUGGACUGAAGAGGAGCAUAGGAUGUUUCUAAUUGGUCUGCAGAAGCUUGGCAAAGGUGAUUGGCGUGGAAUCUCACGCAAUUAUGUAAUUUCAAGGACACCUACUCAAGUGGCUAGUCAUGCUCAGAAAUAUUUCAUCAGGCAAAGCAAUGUGUCAAGAAGAAAAAGACGAUCCAGCUUGUUUGAUAUUGUAGCAGAUGAACCAGUCGACACUCCUAUGGUAUCGCAGGAUUUCUUUUCCGUCAACCCUCCACAAGCUGAGACGCAAAGUAAUAACCCAUUGCCUCCAGCUGCUCCUGCUCUGGAUGAAGAAUGUGAAUCAAUGGAGUCGUCAAAUUCGAAUGAAGGAGAGCCUGUUCUCCCAAAGCCAGAUGAUGCCCAGGGCUGUUACCCAGUUGUAUUUCCUGCCUAUGUCUCGCCAUUUUUCCCUCUCCCUUUUCCAUUUUGGUCAGGAUACAGUUCUGAGCCAGCUAAAACGGAGACGCAUGAGGUGCUUAAGCCGACAGCAAUACACUCCAAAAGCCCAAUCAAUGUGGAUGAGCUGGUUGGCAUGUCAAAGCUAAGCUUGGGGGAUUCCCUGACUGAUGCAGGCCCUUCUUCCCUUUCACUUAAACUGCUUGAAGGCUCAACUAGGCAAUCAGCCUUCCACGCCAAUUCUGCCUCAGGCGGUUCAACAAUGAACUCGAGCGGCAGCCCGAUCCAUGCAGUUUAAGUUGUGCGUGCUGAGCUUAGUUUUGUAGGUUUAGCUCGGAGCUUUGUGAGCUCAAUAGGUUUUAUGUUUAUACAAGACUAAUAAUGUGCAGUCUGCUUUGGAUUCACAUGUAUUUCCUUUUUGUGAGAUUGACUCAAUAAGCUUGAUUUUCAGAAAUCAUUAACUUAAUUCAGUUCUUACCUUUGGAUUC